AUGAAGAGAGAAGCUGUUAGAGAAGAUCGCACACCUGGAGGCAAACACAGGCACAAAAGACGGAGAGUUGAGGAAUUCAACAUUAGUUCCGAUGGGACAAUUCCUUGUGGACCAGGUGCUCAAACAACAGAUAGUUUGCUGGAUGGGCUUGUGAGUGCAGCACCAGACAGGAUCCCAAAAGCAGAAGAAAUCUUCAGUAGUACUGUGAUUCUAAAUAACCUUACAGGAAAUGAAUUAUUACAGUGUAGCUAUUUGGAAUUGAAGUACAUCAUUGAUUGGGCCAAGAAGGUGCCUGGGUUUCAAGAUUUGUGUGUUAUUGACCAGACUUCAUUGUUGAAAUCUUCAUUCAUGGAAUUAAGUGUUCUUCGGUUAUCAUACAGAUCAAUGGGCCUUAAAAAUGUGAUAAAGUUUGCUGAAGGAUUGCUGGUGCCUAUAAACUAUGCCACCAACAUAGGUUGGGGCAAUGAAUUGAUCAAUGCCUCGCUUGAGUUUUCUCUCCGGCUCCAAAGUAUUCGCCUUGACCAUUCCGAAUUUUGUAUCCUCAAUGCUCUUGUGCUCACAUAUCCAGAUGCAUCAGGUGUUCAAGACAAACAGAAGGUUGCUAACAUGCAGACUCGAAUCUUGGACUCUCUUCGUCGUUAUGUUGCCCAUAAAUUCCCCAAUGAUCUCCAGCGCUAUGGCAAAAUGCUGCUCCGCUUGCCUGCCCUUCGCACACUCAGUGCCAAGGCAGCCGAACGGUUCAUGUCCCUGACACUAGAUGGCAGCUUUCAAUUGAAUGAACUUGUAUCACAAAUGAUUAGCUGA